AUGUUAGAACAUUUACCAGGUGUUACAUCAGUUGCCUUGCGAAUUAAGACUCUUAGGGCCAGAAAAAUUCGUAAGCUAUUUGGAGAAAAUGGUGUUGGAAUUGAUAAAGUUAAGUAUGUUACCUGCACUGCAAAUGAUAUCGCAAAAUUAACCAAUACACAAAUUCAAAACAUUAUAAAUCAAGUAACCUCAAAAACCGUUUCCCAGGGAAACGAUCAAAAUCAUGUGAUCUCAACUGAGGAUUUCAAAUCUUUACCAGAGACCAAGGUAUGUAUACCAUCCGCCUCAGAAUCCAUUACUGAGAAAGCCUUACCCGAGAAACAGACUCAUGAUCGUGAUUAUUUUCGUAAUAAAAUAUUAGGUCGAUAUCCUGAUAUAUAUAAAGAAUUUAGUAGUAAAAAAUUUGAUUAUUAUGGAAUUAUUGAUAAGUCAUUAUGUCCAGCGUGUAAGAUAAGUCAUAAGGAUGAGAAAAGUAUAAGAGGUAGAUAUGAAGCUGGAUCUUAUUUUGUUAAAUGUGGAAAGCAUGAAAUUGAGGUCACGGCAUAA